UUUGUUGCAUGGCAUAGUCUGCUUGUGUGUUUUGCGCAGUUGUGUUGUGGGCUAUAUUUGUGACGACAUAAAUGUUGUGUUUUUCAUGCAGUUGCAUCCGAAUACUGUCAACAAGAUAGCACAACGUUCCGAAGCUUUUGUGUGAGGAAAUGUCUACCUGGACAAACGAAUUUGACGUCUUCAGGGACCUCGAUAGACUGUCAGGACUUGGAAGAAGUAAUGUAACGUAUCCUUCUUUGAACGCCUUUGGUAGAGGAAAGCUGAUAAUCAAGGAAGAUCGAAAUGGAAGAAAAACGAGGGUUGCUCAGUUUUCACCACCACCUAAAAUCCCAGUGCCACAGAGUUGUCUGGAAGAACAACAACCCAGUAAGAUGCAAGAUGAAACAACAUGGGAAAGAGAUAGAGACCUUUAUUUGCAGCUGAGAGAGAUUUGUGGACGUGGCUACUCUAAUGAAUUGAUAGAGGAGGAGUUUGGACAAACAGAGUGCCACAGCCAAGAAGAAUUGAAUGGUAUUUCUUGCGAUACUGGUGUUGAAGAUUUGCUGGAAGAAGCAAGCAACAAAUUAAUUCUCUCUGACAAAGAGCAUACAACCUUGACAUUAAAUAAAUCAGCAUCUUCACAGCUUCAGGCUUCGAAUACUGAAUUAGUAUUACCUGGUGCAAAGCAUUCACAACCAAGACUUUUUGUGCAUCCUCCAAAGCUGAAACCUAGCCGUAAUGCUCUACUGAAUAGCCUAGCCCGCAGGAAAAUUUUGCAGCUGUCUGACGAACCAGAAAUGACUGAUCUUCCCAUCACUUGCCAUGAAAGAGGAACUGGCUGUUUUGCAGAGGAUGUCAUUCCCAGUGAUAAAUGUCCACCAGGAAAACGUGUACCAAGACAUCUGCGGAUAAUCUGAUAUCACAGAUUAUACUCUACUGGCCAUUAAAAUUGCUACACCAAGAAGAAAUGCACAUGAUAAACGGGUAUUCAUUG